GUCACGACCAGCCCAAGUUGCUGCCUGGUAACGUCCUCGCGGUGAUGUGCACUCUCCAUCUGUCAACUCAUCUGUCAAAACGCGGCACUUUAAAAGUGAAGGUGACAGCUAGCUUCAAUGCUUCAUAAUGAUGUUCUACACUCAGCUCUUCACCUCCAAGCGGGGGCCGCUAGCCAAAAUUUGGCUAGCGGCCCACUGGGAAAGGAAACUCACCAAGGCCCAUGUAUUUGAAUGUAAUUUAGAAACAACCAUCAGAGACAUCAUUUCACCUAAGAUGAAAAUUGGUUUGCGGACCUCUGGUCAUCUGCUCAUUGGUGUGGUCCGGAUCUACUCCAAGAAAACAAAGUAUCUCCUCGCAGACUGCAAUGAUGCCCUGGUUAAAAUUAAAAUGGCAUUCAGGCCAGGUCAGACAGAUAUGCCUGUGGAGGGGCUCGAGGCAACAAUUAAAGCAAUUACCUUGAUUGAAGAUUUCUCUGCCUUUGACACCGAGGUGCCAAACCCAAGUGACAUAGACGUCGUGGACCACUUUUCACUGAACCAGUGUCGAUCAGAGGAUAUCACUCUGAAAGAGGAUUUUGGAAAUGGAUUCCUGAGCUUUAUAGACUUUGGAGAUGAGUCCCAGAGCCACCAGAAUGGGCUGCUGGAUAUGAGCUUCCAGAGCCUGGCUCAACAUGGAGACACAUUUGGGGAUGAGGAUAAAGGAUUCGACCUACUCGACUUUCUGACAAACUCCAGUGAUAAUGCUGCGUCCACCGACUUCAUCCCAGAGGAGCCUCCUAAUGAAAAUCCGGAGAUCUCUACACCCAGAUAUCAACAAGAUGCUGAUAGAAAGGAGAUGGAGACCCCUACAGUGGAUGAGACCACCCUGCUCGCUAACGAGAAGGAGGCGUUUGCUCUUGAACCUGUGGCCAUCACUCCAAACUCAGAGAAGAAGCGGGGGAAGAGGAAACGCAAGUUGGUUGUGGACCAGACUAAAGAGCUGACCAAUGAAUUCAUCAAAAAGCAGCUGUUUGACUAUUCAGAUCUGAUUGCCCCCUUGGACAUGGCCCCACCAACCUUGCAGCUCAUGCAGUGGAAGGAGAGUGGCAGUGCAGACAAACUCUUUACGCAGCCAUGUUCGACUAUAGCAACUCCACAAAUAAAGGAGCUCCUCGCUAAAAGUAUCUUCCAGAUGAAAUUGAGUGUGCGUGAGGAGGUUGAGGUUAUGCGCCAGGGUGGACAAGAAGAUCAGAGGGACCUAAGUGCCCUCACCACAGACGUCAGUGUCGUAGACUCAUCAGUAGGUCCUGAAAGAACUCGCAACACUGAGCUGAUGGACCUCGAUCAUGUGAAUGACAACCAACAUGAGAAUAAUUCAGAUCUCACACAAGAUGAAAACAAGUCGGACUUCACUCACCCAGAGUUUCCAUCCGAAGACUCCAUGUUUGUCCAUCCUUCUUGCAUGCAGGAGGAGACUCAGUCAACUUCUCUCCACACUCAGUCUCUGCUGGACAGCCAGGACUUAAAGGAGAGGAGAGAAACCAGGCGUGCACAGAAGCUUCUGAACACUCUGAAAAACCAAAGUAACAGCGACACCACGUUCAGCCUGGAGGCCCUCUGCGAUGGAGGCACUCGCUUGCAGGCUGCGACCACCUUCUUCUGUCUCCUGGUGCUGAAAAAACAAAAAGCCCUUCACCUGCACCAGAGAGCACCCUACGAGGACAUCCUCGCCACACCUGGACCCACGUUCUAUGACUAGUAAAACAGAAAACAGUUUCAUAACAUUUACAGAGUUGCAGUCCUGGUUCUGCUCGAUCUGCCUCAUGCACAAGUAGCACAAUGUUUGUGUUACUGUCUCAGCUACUCGGGAUGAAAUUAAAAUUACUCAAAUCUUUUCUGGGCUAAAUGGUAAAAACAUUAGUCGUUUAUUUGUGUGUAUGUAAAACAUGCACGUACUCUAAUUGCUUGUUCUCAGCACUUUUUGUUUGCGAGAAUUGGGACAUAUCAGUGAAGGAACAUUGUGUCUAAAACUGCUUUCAUUAGACCUCUGACAUCAUACAGGAUCUGACGCCAGAAAUCACACCGUAAAUAUUUUAAGUGAUCGGCAAGGUCCUUCAUAUCUAUUUAUUUUUUUAAUGUUAUUUUAUAUCAGCAACAUGUGUGAUGUUCCACAGUUAUAUUUCUAGUGUUUUACACCAGUUCCUCUUCUAUUUAUUCCAAACACAGGAUUUUAAGUAUGUGUAUAAGAUCUUUUAUACACUAGGUGUCACUUGAAUUCCUGUUGCAUUUUUAUGGAGAGAGAAAAGCAAAAUGGACAUUUUGUUAUAAGUAAAUGUUGCUUUCUGGUUUUAUUUACAUCCAUUUAAAAUUGUUCUGUUUUAAAAGCGAUUCAUAUGAAACACAGAUAAGACUGGAUAUUUACUGGAUUUGUAGACAUUUUUUGAGCUUUCGCGAGGUUUAUGUUACUGAAGUUUGGGAUGUGAAACUAAAUUCAUAUAUACAACUGUCAUUUUGUUGUUAAGAUAUUCAGUAUGCUUGUAAUUGUUUCCUGCAGCUGCAGAAAACUGAGCACGUCUGUGGAGCACAGGGCCGUAGCCUCAGCAACAAACUGGUGAUUAGUGUUAAUAGAGUCAAACUGAGUUAUAUUUAAUUAUUAGCCUGAAACGUGUUAGAAUUUGUAUUUCAUCCAUUUUAUUCUGUGCUCAGUGCAGACACGACAUCACAUAUUCAGCAACAGAUGAAUAAUUUUCUUAUCUCACAGGUUUACAAAUGAUAGUAGGAGGUGAUGAUUAAUACAGACCUGUGCUUUGAAGGCAUAGGAAUGACUUUACCAAACUGGACUUCAGUGAACUUCCCAUUUCUCAGUUGUUCUUGAAGUUUAUUUUGUAAAAAAAAAUUUUUUUUAAAAAUGUCUUAAGAAUUUACUUUUACUUUUUUUUUUUACUUUUUCCUGACACUGUAAAUAUGUUCUGGCUUAUGUCAUUGCAAAUUGUAUUAAAAUAAAUGCAUAAAUGGAUAUUGUUUAAGUGUGUCUUUAUUUUAAAGGUCCAGUGUGUAGGAUUUAGUAGCAGCUAGCAGUGAAGUUGCAGAAGUGAGUGCCAUGCAUGUAGGGU